AUGGCGCCAACUGAAGAUAUUUUUGCGCGCGACUACUACAGAUGCUCUUAUGGCCGGACUUGGAAUGGACGAACAUGUGUUCGUAACAACUGGUCCUACUGGGGGCGCUGGGUGUUAGCGGGCAUCGUCAUCAUCUUCUUCGUUCUCUUCCUGUUCUGCUGCCUAUUCUCUCGCCGUCGCAAACGCCGUGGCGUUAAGCCCGUGUACGGCACUGGAUGGAUGGCGGCCAAGCCUUGGGGAAACAACAACAACAACCACCAGAUGUACAACUACGGCAACCAAGGCGGUUAUAACCAGGGCUACCAGCAGAACAACGGUGGUUACGGAGCUCCACCUCCACCCCCAGCAUACGGCCAGCAACAGCAGCCUCAGUACACUGGUACGACAUUCAACACCAACGACGGGUACUACGGCCAGGGCCAGUAUUCCGGAGUUCAGCAGCCUCAGGGUACAUACCAGCGUGAAGGUGCUUACUCCCCACCUGCGGGUCCUCCUCCUGGAAAGUAA